CUCUCACACCCUCCCACCCUGUAACCACACUGCCCAGCUCUCCGGAGCGGGUAUUUGGCUUCGUGCCUGCAGCGGUGUGUGUUACCUCCGCGGCAUGUUUAAUUCAUGGGGCAGGAGGAAGGCUGGCAGCAGGGGCCCCCUCGCCGCCCCAGGCCCUCGGCUUCCAGUCUCCCGCUGUCCCAAAGUGGGUGCCGCUUGCGACCCCUGCUCCUGCUGCGCUCACACCCCGAGCCCGGCUCGGCAGCGGGGCUGGGGCAGAGCACGGAGGGCUGACCCCGCUGCGGGACAUCCCGGCGGGGCUGCAGCCCGGGGCCCCGGGAGUUGUCUGCCACAUUCGCUCCAGCGAGCAACUGUUUUGACAGAGCUAUUACUCACCCGUCAAGCUUUUGUUCCCGCUGCCCAGCGGUGCCUGUCUGGAGUCCUGAAUAGGAUCAAAUCCUGCAGCCAGACACACACACGCACGCAGGAGCGAGCGGCUGAGCUCGCCCCAAAGGCAGGGCUGCUGCGGGCGGCUCGGCUCUCCCCAGUCCUCCCUCCGGAGCCUGGGGGUCUGCUCCCCCAUCCCGGGACCUACAUGAAGCUCUUGGUCCUGCUGGUUUGCAUCCUCCUGGUGUGGAGGGUGGGUGAGACGAGGUCGGAUGCUCCAGAAAAGCUGUCCCCGCUGGCUCCAGGAGCUCUCAGCACGAAGGAGACCUUCCUGGUGCUCUCACUGCACAACAAGCUGAGGAGCAAAGUGCAGCCCCCUGCUGCCAACAUGCAGAAGCUGGAGUGGAGCGAGGAGCUGGGGCGGCAGGCGGGGGCACGGGCAGCCAGCUGCCUGGAGGGUCCGGUCCCACCACCAUCCCCACAGCUGGGCUGGAGCGAGGUCCUGCUGCCGGCGGGCGCCGGAGGCUUCGGGGCCGUGCUGGAGCUCUGGUUUGCUGAGAGACAACGCUACGACUACAGGACGGGGCGCUGCGCCCGCAACGCCACCUGCAGCCAUUACACCCAGCUGGUGUGGGCCACAGCGGGGCAGCUGGGCUGCGGCCGGCACCACUGCCCAGGCCCCCAGGGCCCCAGCGAGGCCUUCGCCUGCGCCUACUCGCCGGGGGGCAACUGGGAGGUGGCCGGGACGCCCAUCCUGCCCUACAAGCAGGGACCCUGGUGCUCCCUCUGCACCGCUGGCCUCUCUGGCUGCUUCAAGUCCUGGGACCACAGCGGCGGGCUCUGCGAGGUGCCCAGGAACCCCUGUCGCAUGAGCUGCAGAAACAGUGGGCGCCUCGACAUGAGCAGCUGCCAGUGCAGCUGUCCCCCCGGCUACACGGGCAGGUACUGCCAAGUGAGGUGCAGCGGGCAGUGCCUCCACGGAAGGUUCCGGAAGGAGGAGUGCUCCUGCCUCUGCGACGCGGGCUACGGUGGAGCUGAGUGUGGCAGUGAGUCUGCGCCCACCUGCGUGCUGUGGGGUGGCAUCAGGGAUCCACAGGCGGGGGAUCCCAAAGAGGGGAAUAUGUUCCUCUGUGGGCCCAUCUCUGCUGGCACAAGGACCCACCUGCUCCUGCCUGUGUCCCCAGCAAAGAUCCAUUUCCCCUUCCAUGCCUGUGAUGUGCGGAUAGACAGCGACUGCUUCAUGGUGUCCCCUGAAGCCGACACCUACUAUGGAGCCAAAAUUAAAUGCCAGGAGAAAGGAGCCAUGCUGGCCCAGAUAAGAAACCAGAAGGUUCAGGACAUCCUGUCGUUCUACCUCAGCCGCUUGGAGAUGGGUAACAGGGUGACAGACACUGAUUUUGAGACUGGAAACUUCUGGAUCGGUCUCACCUACAAGACAUCCAAGGCUUCCUUCCGCUGGGAUGUGGGUGAGCCAUCCUCGUUCACCAGCUUCGCUUUCGGGCAGCCAGACAACCAGGGGUUUGGGAACUGUGUGGAGAUGCAAGCAUCAGCUGCCUUCAACUGGAAUGACCAGCGCUGCAAGACCCGAAACCGGUACAUCUGCCAGUUCGCCCAGGAACACAUCGCCCUGUGGCAGAGGGACCCCUGAGCUGGUAGCCCUGGGAACUGGCCAGCGCUGGCUGCUGUGCUGAACCUGUGGCUCGGGAGGAUCCUGGUGCUGUGCCAAGCCCGGACCAUGGCUCAGGAGGAUCUCUGCACAGCUCAGUUGCGGAGGGAAUGAGGGGCUGAGGGGACCCAUGGCACUGGGACCUGGCAAGAAGGGGUGUGCUGUACAUCAGCAUCCCUGAAACAGCAUCUUCUGCCCCUCACCUGUGUCUAUCACUGUCACCCUGUAACACCCUGGGCAGGAGAUGUCCUUUCCAACAGCCAGGUACAAAAGCAUCCUCCUCCAAAAUUUGCAGCUGGGCUGUGUCUGGACUGUGGUCUCAGUGUGACGAGGGGCCAAGGGGGCUCUUGGCAGGUGCAGACCUUGGCACAGCUCAGGGUGAGGACUGGGCUCAGCUCUGAGCCAUCGCACUUGGGUGAGAAUGCCCCAGCCUGGUGGGUCUCUCACCAUCACCUGGUCAUUCAUCAUCUGCCCAG